AACAAACGUCAUUCACAAUGCAUCGUACCAGUGUACUAUUGACAAUAUUGACACUAGCGUCAGUUUUGUUUGGAAAUUGUCUGUUGAAGGAUAUAAGAAAUGUUCAAAGUAUAUCGACUAGGGAUAAAAGAAAUAUAUGCUCAAGAAAUACACCUUGUAAAUAUGUGAUAUGCCUGCGAAGAAUCCGCAAUGAGACCUCUUGCUCGUUUGUGCCACUACUUUUCGACAGCAAUUGUGUUUGUCCACCAGAACAGAUUUGCUCCAUAAAUACAGACAUGUCGGAACUAAUUCCACCGUUCGUUUAUCGUUACCACUGCAGAAGCCCGUAACAAAUAUCUUGAGUUUUAAAUAUUCUACAUAGUUCGACAUAUCAAAAUCAAAUUACGAAAGACGAUAUAUAUAAAUAUAUAUUUGUCAGACGGCAAUUGGAAACCAUGUAAAAUAAAAAGUCAAAUGUCAUUUUAAAAAGGAUACCACAGUCAGGUGGUAAAAAAAUAAAUUGAAAAAAGCAACAUGUUUUCUAACGGCCAAAUCAAGUGAUAUAUAGACAGGUUAAGUUAUUCAUAUAAAUAGAUUAAUUAAAUCCUUUGGCUGAUGUUGAAGGUCAAAUGUGACCAAAUCAAUAUUAGUAUUUGUAACCAAAGACGUUUAUAAUAUGGACAUUGUUUUGUUUUGUUUUCUCCUUCCCUUUUAUUUUCUGUAACACUAACAACAAUAUAUUCUGCAUGUUAAAUCAACAUAUGCAAAGUUUAUUUACAAAUGUUGAAUGAAUGCAAUCCACUGUAGACACCGUUUUAUAUGUACGAGCACUUUAUUUUUUUUUCUCUUCCUCAUGUACACUGAUAUAUGCAAAUUAAAUCUUUAUAAUGGCGAAUAGAGUGUAUACAUGUAUCUCUUUGAAUGAAUAUGCACUGUAAUGCAAAUAACAAUACAAUCUCAUAGAAAAGAAUGUCAUGUCAAAGAAUGACGAACAAUGUCGAAGAAUGCAACAACGAAAUGACAUAACUACCAGCUCAGAAAAAAACCUUAUGUUCUGGAUCUUUAUAA